AUGGCCAUCAGUAUCUAUAGAGUAAUAGCAGUUAAUUUUUCCCGCUUAUCGACCCAUCUGUUUCACAGUGUCGCAGAUUCACUCCUAACCUAUCUGUACACUGGUCAAGUGCAGAUCUCCGAAACAAAUGUGAUGGGCUUACUUCUGCUCUCAAGAAUGAUGUCUCUGCCUCAACUAGAGACGUGGGCAACCACCUUCAUGACAAGCAAGUAAAUACCUUCCGGAUAGUCCAUGUGUAUCACUGUCACUUCAGGGUCAACGUGCAGAAUCUGCCAGCGAGAUUAUAUUUGGCUGAAUCCUUCGGUAUUCAACCACUACUGGGAGUCUGCAUUCAAGUAAUUCGGACGCACUUUCAAAGUGUGCUGUACUCUGACCUGCUCCCUCACAUGUCUGCUGACACACUGCUUGCUCUCCUUCACAUUGAUGAGCUGUCAGUUGAGUCAGAAGAGCAGGCAUUUGAAGCUGUUUCGCGUUGGGUCAGUCCGCAUGGAGAAAUAGAUGAACAGAGGCUAAAAUCUCACGUCCCGGAGAUGCUGAAAGAGGUUCGAUUGCAUCGAACGGACAUCCAUUUCCGUAAACGCUUGUUGAAGUACCAUCCGAUAUUUCAAAGCAAUGCGGAGUGCCUGUAAGUUGGCGUUGUAUCUCAUGCCACUAUUGAUUCAAGAAAACUGUUCGCUGAAACCGAGCAGUGGAUAGGAAAUGCUGCCGCCCUUGAGAACUGCCAGUGUCCCUUUAACCAAAGCGACCGAAUCCCCCAGCAGCCUCUGUUUUUCUUUGUUUUUGGAGUGGAUCAGAAUGAAGAUACAUGGUCUGUCCUGCGUUAUGACUGUAAACUAGAGACUCAAGAACGCGUCGCAUCCAUGGAGCCGCACUAUGGCACCUCCUUCGUGACCUUGGGGGGUGAGUGAACCAAUGUUGACGUCUUUUUCGUGCUUCUUUCUGUGACCGUCACCAACAGUGAGGUUUGUCAGUGUUCGGAGGGGGGCGCGGUGGUGACCUGGCCGUGAAUUUGUUUACAAUAAAAAGGCUUGUGCCACACCCACCUCACACCCCCCCCCCCAAUCCGUCUUGUCUCAUUGACAAGAUAACUGGAGAAGGUAGUUGACGCGGUGGCUGAUGAGAUUAAGCACCUUGUCUGUCCAUAUCGCGCGUGACCGGAUUCAAUGCCAAUUAGAUUGCAUUCAGCCAGCGGUCCUAACUCUCACACAAUUGAAGGCGUCAUAAAGAUCACAUCAGAAAGGAGCUACUGAGGUAUGCACGAACCUUUGUGAGGCUGGAAGCAGUCGGUGGAUUGGUGCGGGCCUACGUCUAGCGCGUGUACGUCAAUAGUAAGGGGUGCAUGCAGAUUUAUUGCAUCUGGACUAAUGCAUGCCAUGAACCAGUGUGACUGCCAUGUUGGUCUAACGUAACCGUGGCCCAGGCCGAUACGGGAAUGGAGGUGAUGAGUUGCUACAAUGGUCGAUGGAGGCCAGUGGGUCCUGUGAGUUGACUGUUUGAUCUAAUGGCCUCUCGGGUCGUCUGCAGUCGACGUCACCAGUGGUCUCAUGAGGCCUAUCACACACACACAAACUGGCUGUUCGAUUGGGGUGACGGGCGUCUCCUCACACCCACGGAAGGGGUCACGAGUUGAACUUCGCACCCACGAAGAUAAUCACCCGCGCCAGAAGCAAGAUAAUCUGCGAAUUGAUUCAAGCCGAGCUUCUGACGAGUACUCAGUCAAUCGGUGUAUCGAUUUUGCCCUGCGCACUCACCUCCAGACCGGCGUCACCGACCGCUGAUUGGCCCAUACCCCCCUCCCCCCCAUAAAUGUUGCUUGUUCUGCUGUUGCUCCCACCAUUACACGAAUUCGAAAGCGCAGACGAAUAAAGAAAUGGUUCUGGCGAUUGAACAGCCUUCUUCCUUAAAGGACCGCUCGAUCUUGGCAUUGCAUUCAAUUCUUGAUACUGGACAGAAAUUCUGUUGGCCAGAAUGCUAGACAGGUCGAAAACAUGUCUCAGGACUCCCGUCAGAUUGUCGCCCGCCCGUGCAUCUGUUUUCAUGCGGUCACGAGUACCACAGAGGCUUAAGCGAGUCGGCCAUUUCGCGACUUGCUAUCGUAAGCGUAGUGCUUUGACAUUGAACUAUUACUGUCUGAUAAACAGUUACAUUUUUACUAAUGCCCUUGAUGUGAUGACUGGCGUUAAUUCGUGAUUUGAGGUACUCUCAAGACUUAUCAGACUGCCGAGCACACUAUAAGUUUUCGAUUUCCUUAUUUCUCUGCACUAGUCGAAUUGAAAGAAACCAUCCCAUUUGCACCCGGUUUCUUAAAUUUUGCCAAACAUUCUCCAUACUCCGCGAUCGUCGCCGACGUCGAUGUGGAACUUGAGAGCCGACGCCACUAACCUGCGCCUUAUAAUAGAAACGGGGACUAAUGAUCGUGACCGUUGCUGACCGAGAAACCGCCCGCCGACCUAGUGGUCCGCUUUGGUCGAAGACAAACAGAUGAAGUCUACAGUAGCGUUCUUUUGCCACCCCCUGUUGUCCUUCACGUUGUCUUCAUCAAAGCAGAAAUCUAUUUCGUCUCUCACUUGUUUAUAUUGCAACUUUAUGCUCCCACCGACAGAACGGAUCUUCGCCGUAGGCGGACAGACUGACGGACUAACUGGCUCAACGCGCGUCGAUGAGUUCAUAGUGAGCGAGCGCCGUUGGCAGUCACGGGCUCCCCUCGCCGUCCGUCGCAAAAACCAUGCAGCCACCGCCGUCACCCUAGACCUGGACGGCGAUGACGUUGGUCAGCAGAGGUUAAUGCUUGUCUGCGGUGGAUGCUUCAAGGAAGGACGGGAAUGGCACCGCCUCUGUAGUUGUGAGGCCUACGACCCGGCCCAAGACAGGUAAGAGACAGUCUCUUUUCCUACUGCUACAGCCAUCGCACCCUGUCUUGUCACACCCUUUUUUGCCCGCAGGUGGUACCGGCUGCCCGAUCUGCGUGAAACAAGGGACGGACCAGCGGCUGUUUGCCUGCCCGAUGACAAUCGGGUCUUUGUUUUCGGCGGCCAGACUGCCUCCAUCGUUCAUACUUCUGUGGAGUACUGUCGUCUGCGCGUGGACUGGCGGGAGACGACUUGUACUGCCAGGACGGAGGACUUCUGGGUAUCCGCUGCCCCAAUGCCAACUGCGCGUUCCUUCCUUGCAGCAGCACCGUUUAGGGGGCGGAUAAUUGUCGCUGGAGGAUGGGACUUUCAAAGAAAUAUGAACGUUGUGGAAGUGUUUUCGCCCCCAGACGCCAACUCUCCGCACGGUGAAUGGACGGUAGUUGCCGCGAUGGAACAACCUCGGGACGUUUUUACUAUCCUUACCUCUGCCAGCGCGGUAUUUGCGCUUGGUAAGCCAAGUGGUCUCCGCGGGUUUUGGCUGUUGUCCUCACUUUCUAACCAUGCCCUGUUUGGUUUCAUUCCUCUUACGUGCUCUGAUACCUAACCAGUCUUGCUACCAGUUGUAACUACUCAAAAUUGCAUUAUUUAUUUAAGCAGUGAUGCCUAGACGGUAUCAAGUUGCGAACAGCUCGUACUACAGGUGGCCUAGUGCCAGAUUCUAGGGGAUACCUAUUACCGUGUCCUUUCUUUAGUCCCAACAUCAACCAGUCGCUAUUCGGUCUGACGUUCGAGAAGGUUGUAUCCUGUCGCCUAUUUUGUUUAACUACGCUAACGAGUGGAUUCGCGGGAGGGCCCUACACGAAGAUGACGGCGUUGAGUUCAAACCCGGAUGCCGGAUGACUGGUCUCGACUGCGCCGAUGAUAUCGCCUUCAAGUUUUGGUGAUCUACGGUCUACGGGUGAACGAGGUAGCUACAUCUGUUAGUUCCUCCAUAAUCUUUAGGAAAACCAAAGUGUCUCAAGCUGCAGCCCUGAACAGGAGAAGGGGCCUCUCGAAAUUUAUGGCUGUCAACUUGGAGAAGUAGGGAGUUUUGAAUACCUCAGGGCGAGAGUAUUGCCAAAUAGGCAGAGUGAGGACGACAGUGUUUCCCGAAUUGAUGCUGACCGCCGGGCUUUCUCCAGCCUUAGAAAAUGCCUCUCGGUCCGACGCGUCAUCUCCUUCGCCACUAAAAUUCGCGUGUACCGUACAUCUGUCUGGUCUAUCCUUUUCGACAGUUGUGAAUGCAGGGCUGUGCGCGUGGGUGACGAUCGUAGCCGUACCAAGCACAAGUAAGCACGUAAGGUAAGUAAAUGAAAACAUUUCCAGGGAAUCAGCUGACGAGGUGUGGCUAAGGAAGAGAUGGAGUGCGAGUUGACCCUCGGGCCCUGAUUUUCCGAGAAACCGAGUUGGGGAUUCGGAUUUCAGACAGGUAGACCGCCACGUUGUAAUGAAGACUCGGAGCACCAGGGUCCAGUUAAGCUCACGCAUCCCAGCGAUAAGAAACAAAGACAAACCCAGAUGAGUCAGAAGUCCUGUCGGCACGCUAACAGUUCAAGGAUUCCAGGCCAGCCUUGGGCAUUUCUGCAUGUAACGUUUACUAUCGGAUUUUCUACCAGGGUUUCGGAAAGGUCACACAUUUCAGCGAUAACAGAAACACAUGCGGUUCGUUGUGUUCUUCGUCACCGUAUGUGUCGGAACGGAGAAAGAAAGCGCUUCCACUUUAAAGCUGACAUUUUUGGCGAGGAAAUUUCUUGGCAUCAUUCAUGCCCGCCAAUGGUCUCAUUGUCUGAAACGUUGUUCUUCGUCAAAAUUAACUUAUUGCAGUGGACGGGUGGUAUUGUCAUUGGCUGGGCUGAGGCAUAAAUGCAGAAAUAGCUUCAGAUCAGCGCUUCCAGAGGAAACGGAAUCCACAUCGGGUAUGGCGGACCAGUCGUUGUUCAGAGCAUACCAAAAUAGAAACCACCUAACGAAUUCCAGUAUUUUAUUUGCGGUCACCCGCGAUAGCCUAUUUUUCAAGGCACUUCUUGCAGAGCCGGACUUGGGCGGGCAAUGCAUAGAAAAUCCCCUCUAGGAAGCUUGUUCUCCUCCAGCCGUUAAGUUCUGCGAAAUCUACACACGUUGGAAGAGUCGAAUUUAUUGUAGAGGGGGAUUCUGAGCUUCUGCACUCUAACGACCUGAAACAAAAAACAAGGCCCGACUAUAGUAAGUUUUGCUCUUUUAUUUUAACGUCACUAAGUGGUUCUUGUUUGUGUUCGCUUAGUCAUCGAACUUCAGUGGAAUUUAACUGAUUUUCCUUCAGGCAGCGACGAAGGGCCAGAAAACACAGUUGAACAGUUUGUUGCACCGGCAAAUUCGGUUGAUUCUGACACAACGUUCGCCUCUUGGGUUUGGUCUUCCAAGGGUCAAAUGAAAAACCUCAAGGAGAUCGUUGGAGCUGUGGCUGUUCGAAUCUAA